AUGGUGGUAUCGGGGGCCUGGCCCCAGCCGAAAAUCCGGCCUACGCUCCUGCUCUUCCUGGUAGCUGCAGCCGGUGCACUAACACCACUCGAAUUGAAGGCCAACGCCAGCUCAGGGACCAGUGAGGAAAGCCGGCACAUCGGUGCCGGUCUGGAAACUACCUCGCCCUCUGCUGACUUAACCAGCAAUCACUCCGAGCCCUCUGCUGACUUAACCAGCAACAGCCCCGGGCCCUCUGCCGAAUUAACCAGCACCAGCCCCGGGCCCUCUGCCGAAUUAACCAGCAACAGCCCCGGGCCCUCUGCCGAAUUAACCAGCACCAGCCCCGGGCCCUCUGCCGAAUUAACCACCAACAGCACCGAGCCCUCUGCCAAAUUAGCCGGGCAUCCACCCACCGCGGCACAGCAGGAACUCACCACCACCCAGACACUGGCAAUGAAGGAGCCGGUUGUCUCGGUGUCUCCAUCUGCCCUUCCCUCUACGGAGGCAGCCCUGGCCCUGGGAUCCGGCCAGGCCGGGGCGACGGCAGCGGGUGGAAAACAGCCCGUCACGAAUCUGACGCGGGAGGGACUGAAGGGGCAAGCGGGCACGGUACCAGGGAGCCCAGGUCCGGGGCAGGAGACUCAGACACUGCCAGGCAGGAGCGGGCAGAACGAGAGCGCCCCCACGGAGCGCGCCAAGGCCAAGGGCAUCGAUCGGAGCGGGGACAACCGGACCGUGCCAGCCAGCACCGAUCGGACCGGACGCUACAGGGAGAACCAGCCCACCCCCGAACUCUCACCCUCUGCUCUAUCCCCCACUCCGCCUGUCAACAAAAAGCCCGACUCCAAGGCUCCGGCCCCCAGCCCCACCCCCACCUCCACGACCUCCUCCUCCACCCGCCAGCUGCCCGUGGGCAUCAUUGUGGUGCUGGUCGUUGUCGCCAUCCUGGUGCUGGCCCUGCUCGCCUUGGCGCUGCACUGUCGGAAGCGGCGCCGGUCCGGCUCCACCAGCUUCAGCGGGCGGGCGGGGCCUGGCGAGUGGGCGGGGCCGGUGAGCCUGCCGGAGGAGAAGGGCGAGGGGCAGGCCGGGGAUGGGGGGCAGCAGGCCGGGCCGGGCGAAGCCAGGCGGCCCACGCUGACCACUUUCUUCGGGAAGCGCCACUCCCGGGUGUCCUCGGUGGCCAUGGAGGACGUGGCCGGGGCGAAGGGCGAGGGGCCCCUUUCGGAGCCCCUGCUGGCUGCAGGGGAGCAGGGGGGUGACCCCACGCUGCAGGGGGCAGGGGAAGCCAAUGGGACACUGCCCUUGAUGCCCGGACCCCCCUCACCUCCUCCGGAUCCCCCCGCCAAUGGGGAAUUCCCCCUGCCCCCGCCCAUGGAGCAGGAAGCCAUGCCCCCUGUGUAA